AUGGAAAACUGGACUAAAAGAUUGAACUGCAGAAUGGAACAUGAGCCAAUGCAUCCACCUAUAUCUCAAAAGAUACACUGGCACCCUGACCUCUCAUUCAGGCAUUCUUACACUCCAAGAAUGCAAAAUAUUCAUGGGGCUGGUGCCUUAGUGAACUGGAGAUCGCUAAGUCCACUCCUUCCAGCAUUCCAGGGCUGUGCGUCAACUGUUGUAAAACCUGUGCCGCAGCCAGCUUUUGUAGGAGCCCCACUGGAGAACAAUAAAGCUUCUGUUCUAGUUAAAUUGGCUAUGUUAGGUGUUCUGAAGACAACAGUUGCUCCAUUUGAGCGAGUGCAGCUCUUGAUGCAAAACCAGAACGCGAUGAUCAAGUCAGGUCGGCUGCACCAACCAUAUAACGGAAUAUUUGACUGUUUUGCUCGAACGAUCAGAAAUGAAGGUAUCUUUUCCCUUUGGAGAGGCAACACUGCAAAUGCCAUGGGACAUGUUUUUAACAAGGCCAUACCUUUUACUAUCUUCCAAUACAUUGAAAGUCGUGAAGAUAUCCAGUGGACUUAUAUUCGGAUGUUAGUGGCAGGUGUCCUUGUUGCGACUGCAAAUCUGUUUCUUGUUUAUCCAUUUUUUUAUGCUGGAACACGCCUGGCAAACGAUGUCAAAACUACCUGCAACUUGGGCAAAAGGCAGUUUAAUGGUAUAUUCGAUGUCUACAGAAGAACUCUGAAAUCAGACGGCAUUGCUGGACUGUACCGUGGGUAUAAUAUUUUACUUGCUAAAAUUGGUAUGAUGGCAGCGCUAUCUGUUGCUGUAAAACCAUGGCAACGGCUAUGGUUGCUUCUUUUGCAGGACAAUAAUUUGGCCAGGGCUAUGGUAGAAUUUGGGUUUAAUACUAGUCGCAAGCUGAUUUUUUACCCAAUGGAUACAGUGAGCAGAAGGAUGAUGAUGACCUCCGGAGAAGCUGUCAAGUAUAAGAGUUCACUGAACGCGUUUGCACAAAUUUUCAAAACUGAGGGCGUUGUAUCCUUUUAUAAAGGUGCAGGGGCAGAUAUCCUUCUGAAUGCGGCAUUCAAGGGUUCUGCAUUGUUAACGAUUUAUCUAACUGCUGUUCUUAGUGCUGCAAUGGAGAAGCCCCGUGAUGAUGGCAGCCAACCUACUUCUACUUUGACCAUUAGAUGGAAGAAUGCCAGAGAUAAGUGACGGCAGCGGUCACUUCAGUCAUGAUGUAUAACAUCUUAGCCCUCAUAUUCAUUCCAAUUUCAGUUUUGACCAUCUUUUCCCUUGUUUUCAGAGCAGAGAAACAAUUACCCUUUUUUUUGCUUGUUUGAUCAAACGAGGCUGCAAAACUAGAUGAGUCGACCAAGUAUGAUACCGUUAGGACAGAUUUUGAAACAGAAAGCUCCUUGAUAUAACUAAUACCUUAAGGUCCUUCUGCUGCGGUUUCUUAAAACAUAUUUGCAAUAUUUCUUACGUUUACUUUGUUUCAUUGCCCACAGAACGGCUAAAUUUUUACAUGGCUGUAAACUUAAACAAUCCUUGAGCAGGCACCUGACACUGUCCCACUCCCUUAAUAGUUUUAUGUUCAAUGCAGAAUAAAUCCAGAAGGCUAAUCUCAAUAGUUUUAAUUUACGAGUUUUAAGAUUCUUUCAUGGCAGUGGCUGUGAAUGCAAAAGAAUCCGAUCGGCAAGUCAACAUAAAUUGCAAGUGUUGUAGAGAUUUAAGUUUGUUUGACAAUGAACACUAGAGAGAAUAUAUGAAAAUGAAGAGAACAUUCCAUACAAUAUAAGAGAUUUAGAAAUAAGAAGCCAAGAAGGAAAAAAUGUCCAUGUUUCAGCUCUCAAGUAUAAGAUGUGAUAAGCUCAGCAGCAGCUAUACAGUAUAAGAUACCUUUGAAUGCAAUUUCACAUAAAUUCAAAACAAAGGGUCCUUUAACAAGAGUCCUUUCAUGAAAGUGCAGAGGCAGACAGUCUCACAAUUGCUGCUUUCUAUUGUUUUAAGGAAGAAUUGAUCUAGGUAGCUAUGCUUCUGCUAAUGAAGAAUUCAUCUAAGACACGGUCAUGGUGGCUACACUUCAGCUAAUGGCUUCCGGUUUUAUCAUUGAAUUAAGACUGCAGUGUUAAUCUUAACUUUUAGCAUUAGGUUGUGUAGGACAAGAUUCUGAGUCAGUGGUUAGGCUGGCUCAUGCUUACAUUUUACUGGCACAUCUUUGCAUAUCAGGAUUUGUAGACUACACUCAAUAAACUGAUAUUCAAGGCACUUUUAACUCUCAAAAUAUCAUUUUUAAGUAAUCAAUGCC